GUCUAUACCGCUAGCGGGUGGCAUCGAGAUGUCCUAUUAAUGUACCUCCCCUCGGCCAUGCGUCAGGAGACACCGUCAAACUGUGUUGACUCACACAUUCGCGCUGAGCGCGUUCGCUGUCAGUGGCUUGGCUACUCCAUGCUCAUUUCAUUGACGGGCUGAUUUUCUGUUUAAAUACUCGCAUAAACCUCGUGCCCUGACCUCAUUCUUGUUUCAAUUUGCAUUCCUCACCACUGCUCAGCAUAUGCUGCUAUUCCCAUCCGUGAUCCUUGGUCAUCAGGAGGCUGUUUGCACCCCCUGCAGUUAGUAUCGCAGCUGCUUACCAUAAUGAUAUUCCAUGACCGGCAUUGCAUUGCGGAAGUACAUCGGACCUUCAUAGUAUGAUUCGGGUUGUCUUAGUAGCGCAGGGGAACAUCCAGAUCAAAUCGUUAUAAUUGUUUUCAAUGGCCUCAGUCUUUACCUACGACCCGGACCCUCCUCGGGUUUCCUCGCCCUGGAUUCUGGCGGACGACGCAGAAAAUUCUCUGGCAUCAAGUGCAGCCGUGACUCAGACCGGUUUGCUGUCCGAGUAUGGCGUCACGAGGCUGGAUGCAGAGCCGCAGACUGGCCCGAUCGAGUAUAAGCUCCAUCUACUGCUUCGAUCAAGACGCAGCUAUGUGUACAUGAGCACGGUCGACCAGAAGCGAGAUAGGCUUCAUGCCCAGCCUGGAGACGGGUCGGCGCUGUAUUCGGCCUCUCCUGCUUCCUACUCGGCCUCUCCCACUCCUGCAACGUCGAACCAGCCACGCCAGGAACGGCUUCAGCGCCUUACGACGCAGCUGCUGUGGCGCCUGCAGCAGUCGUCGCCAUAUCAUGCGUCGAGCUCAAGAGAAGUGAAGAUCCCGAAGCUGCCUAAUGGCAGCGCAGAUGCAAAUUCGCCGGAUCUUUACGGCACCCAGAUUCCUGGUCUUGAGGAAUCGCAAGGAGCUCUAUACGAGAUAGGCGUUUCUGAUGACGGACAUCUUGUCGGCUUGGCCAAGGAUGAGCUGGACGAGAGCAUUGCGACUUUGAGAGUCAUGGCAGCUAGCCUCGGAUGCGGCGUUACUGUCCUGCGGAUGGUGAUUGUGGGUGAUUGUGAAUGGAUCGAAAUAGCCGAUCUCGGUGAGAAUGCUUCUCAGGGACCAACUCAGGUCACCAAACAGGACAAGCUCUGGGUAGCCGAGGCACUGAUAACGCCCAGCACUGAGCUACUACAGUCAAAAGAUGCCCAGCGUUACAACGAGUCCACUGAUGGAACUCCCUUGGAAUCUUCUGCGUCAACCACAGUGCCUGGCCAUGGCAAAUCUACGACACCACAGCUACGGGUUACCCUGACCGGGCCCAUAGCAUCGGGCAAAUCCAGCCUCUUAGGAACGCUAUCUACGGGCACUCUGGACAAUGGCCGAGGCAAGAGUCGCCUGAGCCUACUGAAACACCGUCACGAAAUGGCAUCCGGAAUGACCAGCUCCAUUGCACAGGAGCUCAUUGGAUACAAGGAAAGACUCAUUUUCAGCUUUUCCCAUCGCAAUAUCGAAUCAUGGCUUGACAUUCACGACUAUUCCAACAAUGGCCGCCUUGUGUUUAUGUCUGACUCUGGUGGUCACCCGAGGUAUCGACAUACAGUGUUUCGCGGACUCAUGAACUGGGCACCCCAUUGGAUGGUCCUUUGCAUUGCUGCUGACGAUGCUGAAAUGACGUCUCGAGCGCAUGACGUGACGGCACUGGCGCCAGACUCAGGGGAUACUGACUUGGUUAAGGCGCAUUUGGACCUCUCGCUCAAGCUUGACGUUCCAUUGGCAAUUGUCAUUACCAAGUUGGAUCUCGCAUCCAAAGUGAGCCUGCAGAAGACCAUGACCAAGAUCCUUGGUGCUAUAAGGGAUGCGGACCGCAUACCGAAACUUCUGCAGCCUGACCAACAGCCACGAGACCAGCUGUCAGAAAUUCCACAGACCGACUGGGACAAGGUGCAGAGCUUUGUUGGAACCAUAUCCGAGCACGGAGAUCUGCUGAAGCACGUUCCUAUUGUGUUUACGAGCGUUUUGAAAGGGGUGGGUAUUGGCCUUGUCCAUGCCCUACUCGCAAGCCUGCCUCUACCUCCAGCACCCACGCCACAAGGUUCCAAAGAAGCAAGCCCUCAGCUAGAGCAGCCGAGAAAUCUUUUCCAUAUUGAUGACACUUUCAGUUUACCAAGAUCGUUUGAUGAUUCACUAGCGAAUCUAGACGGAGUUAUUGUGUCCGGCCAUGUCCGUCUUGGCAGCUUCUCUAUAGGGCAAACCAUUGCUGUAGGACCAUUUUCGUCAGGCCUUGCGCUUGAUCGUGGUUCUGGAUCUGAAUAUCAAUCAUCGCCUGAGGGUCGUGGAUCACCAGCACUGCGCGCAAUUCCAGCUGCACAUGCCAAUGGGAACAAGAUCGAUGGCUCAGCAUCCCCCUCAACGAAUACAGAUGAGUGGCAGAAAGCACGCAUUGUGAGUAUUCGCAACCUUCGGUUGCCUGUGGGCACAUUAGAAGCCGGCCAGGUUGGAUCGAUUGGGCUUGUCUUCGAGACAAGUCACAGUGAUCUCACCGUCCUACCAGACACUCCUCAGAUUCGAAGGGGCAUGGUUAUCACCACGUCGUCUAUGGACAUGCUGGAUAGUGAAGCGUCACUCCACGCUUCCCGUGGGUUCACUGCGGUGUUUGACGAAGACAUUGCUCAAUUCCCGCCUUCGGGGACAUUGGUCAAUGUCCUUUUUGCCUGUGUCAGAACUGCUGCUCGGAUUCUUGACGUUUCUAUUCAACAUCGAGGCGAAGCAGGCGAGACACUUGGGCCACUUGACGCAGAACACAAAGCAGAAACUGCAGAAGCCUCUUUGGGAGAUACAGUAACAAAAGUGACUGUAGAGUUAGUGCACAGCCGAAAGUGGGCUGAGUUAGGGUCAUCAGUGAUAAUCAUGGGAAAUGGUAGCCAUGAUGGAUCAGGUUUGCAGGGGUUUGUUGGAAAGAUUACAGCCGUCAUGUGUUGACCUGAAAAGGCGUGUCUAUAGCUGUAUAUAAGUAGGCGUUUGUGUUGUGAGAAGGCGUUUUGGAGAGCGUUAAGAAAUCAUUGGGUCGUUAAUAUAUGCAUUGAAAUAAAUUAUUGUUCGAACAGAUAUCGCAAUCGCAC